GGUUCCCGGCUUGCCGGUAAUUGACUCUAACUCCAUACCCAGAAGAUCUGAAGCUACAGCUCUUCUUCAAUGGGCUGUUCAUGGUCUUCUUUGAUGGCAUCAAAUGGUCAUGUCAACCGGUCUGGAUCUCUGCUUCCGGGCGGCCUCUGCCUGCGGCGGCGGAGCAGAGGGCUUGCCGUUUGGGGCGGAACCGGCGACGCGGGAGUUCCCGGCUCCAGCUCCGGCUCAGGAUUUGCAGACAAGAGCUCGUCCGCCGGGGACGAUUUCUGGGAUGAAGCUGGUGCAGAAAUCGAAGUCGAUGGUGGGUUCGAAGAGGAGAGGAUCGGGGAGACAACGGAGGUGGAGUUCAGAGGGUACGAUGUCAGAUUGCCGGAGAUCAUGGGAGAAUGAAAUUCUUGGACUGAAAGAGGCAUCAUCAGAGCAUACAUCCAAAAAUGUAUGCGAAGGGGAAGCCACACAGGUGGUGGCCGGAGGAACCGGCCAGGAAGAACGAAAGAAAGAGAAAAGAGAAGAGGAAGAGAAAAAGAAAAAAGAAAAGAGAAGAAAAAAAAUCAAAAAAAAAAUCAAUUGAAGGCAAUUACCGGCAAACCGGGAACCAACCGGUAAUGUAGACCUAAUUGAUUGAUUUUGGAGACUUGGCGGAUUCAAUUGAAGGUUGUCGAAGUAGGAGGACUCAAUUGAGGAUUCGCCCAUAGUACGAGGGUGUAAUUGACAGUUUUCCCUAAGUAUAGUAUGCAUGAUAUACAAAUUUAUGAAUAAAUUGUGUAUGUUUAGAUGUUAUAAAUAUGGGUGUAUGAUGGUUGUAUCAACCAUGAAAUUUCAUUUGAGAUAGUAUACUUUGAUACCAUGAGGAGAAACCAUGAAGGUAUAAAAGUGAUACUUGAUAUUAAGGCCAAUCAUGCAUGAAGGAAGAAUUAUAUUGAGAUAAGUAAAUAACUAGCAUUGAAAUAUUAGUUGGAAAUGUCAGUUGAGAAAUGGAUGAAUUCGAUCCUAAGAAUUUGAAUUAUAAAGAAUCGGUGAUUAUGAGCCGGGCUCGAGACCGAUGUAGAUAACGGUGAUUAUGGGCUGGGCUCUAGACCGUAGUAGAUGACGGUGACUAUGAGUUGGGCUCUAGACCGUGGUAGAUGACGGUGAUUAUGAGCGGGGCUCUAGACCGUAGUAGAUAACGGUGAUUAUGAGCUGGGCUCUAGACCGUAGUAAAAAAAAUGAUGAAUUGAUACUAAAUGAACGGAUUAACUAUAAUGUAAUAAUGCUCUAGAUUGAGGGCCUCAGAGAUUUAAACUUCGAUUAUACUUAGUAUAGUUGUCAUUGUACUUG